GUCAUGACCUUUGUGCGUAUGUAUAAUAGCACCUCUAUACGGUGUACUUGAGGUCUAGCGUCCUCUACUCGUCAUUAUAGCGAUUUGUACGAGUGGUGGCAUUAUAAAUGGGCAAUUCAUCGGUAUUCUAAGAAAAUUCAGAAUAGCUUCUUGCAGUUAAAAAAAAGUUGCUUCCCGCCAUAAAUGUAACAGCUGAUUGCGACAAAAAAGAUUUGUAUGUUUGUUAACUAAGUCUGUGCUGAUAAAAUGAAAGUAUUUUACGUUUUGGAUGAAAAUUUAAUAAAACAGUGUGAUCGGUUACCCGCAGUAUUUGGUCGGGCAUCUUUAGUGCAUAACUUAAUAGCUGCAUAUGAACUCUUAAAUCAUGUGCAAGUAGUUCGCUCCAUACCUGCUACUUACAUGGAAUUGAAGGGUUUCCAUUCAGAGUUAUAUUUGGAUCAUUUGAAGACUUUUACCAACGUCGAUGAUGACUACAUGAGCUCUGUACAGGAUGAAGAACAUGGAAUUGGAUAUGAUUGUCCACCAGUGUCUAACAUGUUUGAGCUAGUGUCCACCAUAGCUGGAGGCUCAAUAACAGCCGCUAAGUCCCUUGUGCUUGGUGUGGCUAAUGUUGCCAUCAACUGGUGUGGAGGAUGGCACCAUGCUCAGAGGUUUGCAGCUGAUGGAUUUUGUUAUGUGAAUGAUAUUGUAUUGGCAAUAGAAACACUAAGAACAAAGUUUCCAAAGGUCUUGUACAUAGACUUGGAUAUACAUCAUGGUAAUGGAGUUCAAGAUGCAUAUAACUUAAGCAAGUCAGUAUUCACUCUAUCCCUCCACAAGUAUGAGCCGGGCUUCUACCCUGGUACAGGCAGCCUAGAUGAUAUUGGCACCUUAGCAGGGAAGGGGUACAGUUGCAAUGUACCCUUCCAGGGUGCAUACUCUGAUGAUACUUUCAAUUAUAUGUUUGAGAAAGUAUUUGAAACAGUGUGGGAACUUUUCGCACCGACUGCAGUAGUAGUGCAGUGCGGCGCUGAUGCACUGGCGCACGAUCCUCACGGUAAAGGCGGUUUAUCGAUACAAGGCUACUGCUGCUGUGUGCGCAGGAUUCUGGACAAGCGGAAACCUACUAUACUACUGGGAGGAGGGGGAUACAAGCAUCCAAAUGUAGCACGACUGUGGACAUCUUUAACAGCUUUAGUAACAGGCGUACCUCUAGAUGAGAAUAUUCCAGAACAUGCAAAUUGGCCGAGUUAUGGUCCAGACUACAGGCUGGCUGUUGAGCCAACUCUUGUUAGAGAUUCAAAUAAGAAGAGUUACUUAGAGAACUGUUUAGCGACUAUUUUAAGUAAUUUGAAGAAAUACUUGAAAACCGAAUCUAAGGAUGAAGUUGAUGAACCAGAAAUAAAGAAGACAAAGACAGAUGCUGCCUCUACAUCAACAGAAAAUCAAGUUAAAAACUUAGGUAGGAAACAAAAUAAUGUUUGUAAGCUCCCAGAACAGAAAUUAGUAGAAAAGGAUGAAAAUAAGGCAACAAGUUCGAAAAGUAAAAAUAAUGACAUUAUAGACGUCUAUGCUUUUACAGAUGAUUGAAUUUAAUAAAUUGAAUUAAAUUAUAUAUUUGAAUUGUAUAGGAUAAAUAACACAUUAAUAUAAAUUCGAAAAAAAUAUAUAUUUAAAGUUUCUCACUGAACUCUUCAGCACACAGUAAGUUACCAAGUAACACAUUGACUUAUUUGAGAAAUUAAAUAAUAAUACAAUCUCUUGCCAUCGUCAUCACGUCAUGUACGCGCGCAAAUCCCACGCUAUAUUUUCAUUGUUACACUCAGAUGACAUGAUUCAAAUCGCAAAAGCGGCAUCACAAUAACAUUAAACAUACCUUCAACCAUAAAAUGCACAUUUUUGUAAUUAUUAUACCAUCGCAUUAUUUGUUCAAUUUUUCAAAAACCACCGGUAUUUGCUAUCCAAACUAUUUACAUAGCUGUAUACAACAUUAAGAGAUGACCAUAACGCACAUAAUACAUAAAAGCAGUUUGAAAACUAUACAAUACACACAAGAUAUUUAAAUGUCGCGAAGUUUAAUUAUGCCCUUAAGCUUCUAGAAGUAGUAAAUGCUAAAAUAUGACGCGUAUGUAUGACCAUGAGUUUUCAAACUGGUGCUAUGUAUUCUUUGCAACACUAGUUUUACAACAGGUAAGUAUAAAACACCUCUAUUAUAGAACACUCCAAGCUAACAAACACAUAGCUAGGACACUUAUUGUCUAUAAGAGCUAGUAACUGCAAACUAAAUGUGUUUUCUAUGUGUACAUACAAUAUUCCACUUUAGUUAAAUAAAUGACCUUGACGAAUUUUUAAA